GGUUUGCGCCGCUAGCCGCUGAGAACUGGGGAUGCAAUCCUGCUUUGGCAGAGCCUGUGCCCGGAGAGCCAGACUCAACUCGUCGGCUGCGCGUAGCAAUUGAUCACUCACAGCUCAUCACAGGCCCAGUGGUGACCUAUCGAAGGGCUGAGGAGAGCUGGGGCAUCAAUGCUGCUGCUCACGCGCCGCAUCACACGCCACCCAGCAGUGCUUGCAAAUGCUGCUCGCAAAACGUCUUGGGCGGCACCCGAGGCACCCUCGUGGUUGAGGAGAGUAGAACACUGGCUCCGUCCACCAGCGCCAAGCGGUGACCCAUUGCAGCUUCUGCCGUGGGAAUUGACGUCGCCCGCGGCGCUCGAGGUCGGCAGCGAUUCGGCGCGCGACGCCGACUUGCUCGCGUAUGCGGGCGUCGUCGUGCGACGGAACGCAGUCUGUCGCGACGCCGUCGCUGUCGCUCGGACGAGAGCGGAGGAGCUCGCGGCCGAGGCGACGCGUCGGGCGACUGCGAGGGGCGCCGACGCCGGCGACGCUUCGGCCGGGUUUCACUUCGCCGACGCGUCGCAGCGCGGGCCGUUCCGGCUCGACCUGAGGCUGGGCGGAGCAUUGGAAGCGCCGCCGUUCGAUUUGCCGCUUGACGCGAUAUGGCCACAGGUCCGAGCAGCGCUCGGCGAGGAUGCCGUAUUGAGGAGGGGCCUCGUCGUCGGCCUGCCGGGCGCCAGCGACCAAGCGUACCACGCCGACGCGCCGAGGGUUCCGCCUGAAGUCUGGGCCGAACACGAGAGUGCCACCCGAACGCAGCCGGCCCAUUCGCUGGUCGUGUUCCUGCCGCUCUGCGACCUGAACGAGGCGAACGGCCCGACGGCCUUCCUGCCCGGCUCGCACCAGCGCUGGACGAGCGAUGCGUUAGAGGCCGAGGCGGACGCGCCCGGCUCCUCUACGGCCGGCGCGCCGGCCAUCCUCGACGUGGACGCCGGCGACGCGAUCAUCUUCGACUCUCGGACGCAGCACGCGGGCGGCGCGAACCGCUCGAAACACGCGCGGCCGAUCCUGUACCUCGUCUUCGCGCGGCCGUGGUUCGACGAGAAACUGCACCGGCGGCUCGUCGGGGGUGCCGGCGGCGGCGACGGCGUGCAACGGUUGUUUCCGGAGUUUUCUGCGUCUGGUGCGUGAGUUGUUGUUUAGAUUGGUACAAAUGGUGUGUCUGU